UAAGGUUUGUGAAAAGUAAAACACAACCUAACCCCAAAAGGUAAUGGAGUGUAAGUAGUGAAAACGUACGGGUGCAAACAACAGAAUAAGAACAGGCUCAAAACACAAAAUCAAAACAGAGGAUGGGGUUCAACAAAUAAGGGUGCUGCAGUAAGUAAAAUAAUAGAGCUUAUAAAACUCAGGGGGUCUGGGGAUGAAAGGAGGGGUGUGUGCGAAGCAAGGGUCAGCCCAACCCAUUUCUUCAAAAACCUUGAGGGUUUCUACUUUUUCCUUAACGCGCAGAAAAAAUUGCCUCCUGAACCCGCAGCCGCUGCACCUCCGGUGACCGCCCAACGUCGCUGCUUUCACCUCCGGUUCAUACUGGAUCCGUCGCCGGCGCGAACUAGUGGCGUGCGACUUCUCCUCUCAUUCUUCUUCUCUCACGCGAGCUCCUCCGCACUCCCAAGACCAGAGCUCGUCUCCACCGCAUCUCCGACGGUCAGACACACCGCGCCAUUCGGAGUUGACGCCACCGCCGGAGCUUCACCGGGACGUUUUUCUUGUUCAAGCUUUGCUCUCUAUUUUCAGUUACUCUAUGAUUCCUCUUCGUGAUUCUCUGUUUGGUGAUAAAACGAGUUGUGUUUAGGAGAAUGAAACGAGUUGUUCAAUGGAGAAGAGUGGGUCUUUGGAGUUUAGGUCUUUGAUAGAUUGGUGUCCUGUUUACUUCUUUUAAAUCCUUUUAAUCUCGUAAAAGGAUAACAAAUAAUGUCUUAUCAUAGCAUUGUUUAACUGGGAAAUGAUCUUAAAUUAUCAUUGGUUUGUAGGUUUGAGUGAUUAGUUCUUAUGUUCUUCCGUGAUCAAUCCAAUUUAGCCAUAUUUAUAUUAAUCAAUCCAAGACCAGUCCACAUAUAGCAAGAAAAGAAAUGAUUUCACCAAUUCUUUGUCGUGUUGUCCCUCUGAAACCCACCUUGCUCAGGUUGUUAUCCCCAUUUUCCACAACCCCUCAUAGUGACGCCGCCAUCCUGGCGCGUCUGAAACACAAAGACUGGCUCACUCCGAAAGAAGCCACCACACUCUUAACCUCCCUCACAGACCCUUCCUCCACCCUCUCCUUCUUUAACCUCUACACCUGCCGCAAGGACUUUGACCCCACCGAACCCUUUUGCACCACCCUUGUUGCCAAGCUUGCCCAGGCCCAACACCUCAACCCUCUCCUCACCCUCCACCAUGCCCUCACCCUCCCUCGCCCCCAAAGACGUCAAUUUUCUGAUAACUUCUUUUUCACCCUUAUCAAAGCCUAUGCUCACUCCUUUCAGCGUGUGGACGACGCACUUCGCACCCUCCACGAAAUGCCCUGCCCCCCCUCCACACGCACAUUCAACUUUGUCCUCAACCUUCUGGUUAACACUCGUCUCUACUGUGCGGCACACAACCUCUUCCUCCAUGCACCAAAGCUCGGUGUGACACUUGAUGCUUGCUCGUUGAACAUCCUCAUCAAGGGGCUUUGUGCCCAGGGGGAGUUAAAUGCAGCGUAUCAGUUGCUGGAGGAGUUUCCUGGGCUGGGAUGUGAGGCGAAUGCACGGACCUAUGCGACACUGAUGAAGGGGUUGUCUGAAAGAGGGAGGAUGGAGGAGGCUUUUGGGUUGUUGGAGAGGAUGGAGGGUGGAAGUGUAGAUGCUGAUGUGGCGGUUUUCAAUAUUUUGAUUGGGGGGUUGAGGAAGGGAGGGAGGGUGGAUGAGGGGUGGAGGGUGUUGGAGGGGAUGAUGGGGAAGGGUGUGGCCCCUAAUGGCGGGUCUUAUAAUGAGGUUUUGUGUGGGUUGGUUGAGGGUGGGAGGUUUGACGAGGCUAAGAAGGUUGUGGAGAGGAUGGGGGUAGAAGGUUUUGUGCCUAGUUUUGAGUCUUAUAAGGGUUUGGUUAAGGGAUUUUGUGAGAGUGGGGUGGUUGGGGAGGUUGAGUGGGUUGUUAGGGAUAUGGUGGGGAAGGGGUUUGUGCCCAAGAUGGGGAUGUGGGGUAAGAUUGUGCGGUGUGUUGUUGAAAGGGAAGGGAGUUCUGGGUGUCUGUCUGUUGCUAUUGAUAGUGUUUUGGAGGAUGACAAAUGACAACCACCCCCAUGAGUCCAUGAUGUGAUGUGAUACAAUUAGUCCUAGGAUGUGUUUGUUUUCAGUCAGCUCACAUGCUGAGGUCACAUUGUGUAUAGUUCAGCCUAGAAUCUAAAUAUUCAGGUGAUUACCAGAAAUCCAGGUUUCAGUUCUAAUGCUCACAUUGUUUUGGAAAUUGUGUACCAUGUGAGUAUCUGCUUAGCUACAGUUGAGCUCGUACCCGACAGAUUUUGGACUUUGGUGAGGAGAUGUAUGAAUGAAAUGACCUUUUCCAAAAGGUAUGGUGCAUUUAAUUGUUUUGGUCACAUAAUGGGUCAGUUAAUGUGUCUGAUAAAGGUUUGAUUAUUCUGCAGUCAAAAGUGAUGCUGGUGCAAUUGUGGCUGUAUGGAGCCCUGUCAUAAUUUUGUGAGAAUGAUUGCUUCAACAUGUUCCCUUUUUUUCUUUUAACUUCGAAUCCUCAUUUUAUAUAUACUUAUAUUGAAGUUUAGGGGGAAAAUAUUCUACUGAUUGAAGUAAAAGGAAUAACGAUGAAGAUGAAAAAUCUAUGUUAACAGAUCCUGAUAAAAUAAUUGCCCGCUUAACUGCUGAAGGUGGUUAUUUGGUACUGGAUAUGAUGUUUCCCUUACUCAUCUGAGAUCUUUUUUCAACCUAUCUUUGAGUAUAUUCAUUUUUUUUGUAAAAAAUGUCAAAUUUUUGUAUGGAUUGUUGUUUUGUUUUGAUUUGGUGGUAAUUAAAGUGAAAGUAUUAUUAUACUGUUAUAUUAUAUUAUUAUAUUAUAUGUUACGAUAUUGAUUGGGGCAGUUGUUGAAAGUGAUGAAUAUAGCAGGUACUUCUGAUGACACAAAUAAUGUGGUUUGCUCUCUUGGUGUAGCCAGCAAGGUUGUGCCGAGCAUUGCACUGUGAAUGUGUCUGCGUGAAUUACAUUUACAUCUGCAACUGAUUUG